UGCUUUACUCUUACAGUGAAUGGCAGCAUCUCACUGUGCGGAGUGAGGACAUGUCAUUUGUACAAGAAGUUAUUCAUAAAGCUACCAGUAUUCUCAUCAGCAGUGAAGUCUACUCAGGUUAUCGAGAUGAAAGCUUAGCCCGCUUUAAAGUCAUACCUCGGAAAAUUACCUUGACACAUCCACAGGUAUAUAUAAUCAUGACUGAUGAAGUGCAAGAGGAAGUCGUAAUAACGGUGAACAGCGCAAACAAAGAACCAGACAUCAUCAGAAAAUGGCGCUUGCAGAACCCCUAUACCAUCAGUUUCCAAAUUCCAGAAUCCUACUUGGAAACCUCUGCCUUCCUGUAUAUAGAAGUGUCAGUGAAUGGAAAGAGUCAGGGAUCAAGGCAAGUGAAGUGUGAACGAAACAUGGAUACAUUGUCACAGAUUCUUUCAAAUUCCAAAAACCCAAUUGACCUCAUGUGUCAGGCCCUGAACCUGAAUCCCUUGAACAAUGAUCUGGACCUGUGCCUGGCCAAGAACUUUAGUAUGCGCACUCCUCCCAGCAGAUGUUCAGAUGAUGACAGUGAGAAAGGUACUUCGUUUUUUCCUACUUGGAUACACUUCAGUGCCUAUUAUGGCCUGAAAAUGUUUACAUGGGCCUUACUAGAUGCUCCUGGUGGCAAGUGUGCUCUCAGUAUUCCAAAUUGUGAUGGUGAUACUCCAUCCUUACUUGCCUUCAAGAGUGGCUAUCUGACACUAGCACAAGCAUUAGAAACAGAAAUGAUAUGUUCAAAAUCCAGAGGAGUAUCAUCACCACAACACAUCAAGAAGACAGGUUUGAAGAAAACAAAUGUUGCAACAUACAACAAUCCUCCACCCCCACGGCCACUGAAAUCCAGUUAUGACACAUUGCCUGCACCAAGAUUAGUGUCUCCAAGUAAUUCGCCACCUGCACCUUCAGAAGAAAGUAAACAUUUUUACACAGGUACAAAGUUUAUUGAAGACAGGAAAGAAAACAAAAAUGAUGAACACUUCGGG